AGUAUUGAUAAGUUCGGCAUUUAAAACGAAAAUACCAAUCUAAAUAGGAAAUAGUUGAGCAAUGAAACUGAAAAUGUUACAAAGCAGAACAAAGUAACGGACAAUAUUAUGAAAUAGAUUUAUUUCUUUCAGCAUCAUUCAUUGGAAAUACAAAUUCCUUGGAUUGUACUAUUUAAGAACGAGAGAUGUCAAAUUCAAAGUUUAAAUUAACUGGGGAAAACACAAACCUUGCUCGGGUGGCCCAGAUGAUAUUGGGUCCAUGCACUAACGUACUACGUGAUGUUCUUAGGAAGGAAAUUGCUCCCUCCAAUUUAGAAACGAAAGUCAGAGCUUAUAUUGCUAAAACAAAAAAACCAGUGAUCAACCAACACCAAGAGACACUCGUCUACAGUAAAGAUUACUUAAAAUUCGAUGUUACGUUACUGUACUUUUUAUUACGGAAUAUGUGCUCGAUCCAACCGCAUUCAAACACAUGGGGAAACAACCCACAACCCGGAGAUAGAGGUGUGUCAGGAAACAUCGAACGGAUUCGUCUGAUAAGAAAUGAAUAUGGACAUAAUUCGGAAAGAUCUAUCUCCGAUAUAGACUUUAAAAUAAAAUACAAAUAUAUUAAGGGCAUUGUUCGAGAGUUGGAGAACUACUUAGGUAGUUCUACUAAAUACCAGGACGAAGUAAAGGAACUGAAAACGUGUACCAUGGAUCCGACACAAAGCGAAAAAAAUAUCAAAGAGCUUCUUGACCUCCAUGAAAAAAUCAAAGAUAUUUCAGGGGAUGUCGAAGAAAUGAAGAAGACAGUUCUUCCUUGGAAUAUAAAAGGUAAAUUUCUCUGA